AUGUUUACCAUCAUUGCAGCAGCAUCUGAGAGUGUUACUGUUGAUCAGCCACUUGAGGAAUCAUCCUCUCUUCUCUCUCAAUUAUUGCUUGCCCUUUUGGCCAUCAUUGCAACCUUAAUCAUCAUAGCCACACUCAAGGUUCUCCAAAUGCGACAAAAGAUAAAGCACAUUCCAGGUACUUGGCAAUAUUUCUACUCUCUCUUUCGUAUUCCCUUCAUUGCUCCCUAUCUGUAUUUCGGUCCAACUGACAAGAUGCUCGAAUUGAUGGACAAGAUUGGUGACAGUGAAACCAAAACAACUUCCCUCUCCAUGAUAAAUGAGAAUAGUGUCUGGAUUUCUGAUAAAGACAUGAUAAAGGAAUUAACCAUCACCAAAGCAAGUGAUUUUGAAAAACCAAAAGAUUUCUUUGAUGCCAUUAACAUUUUUGGUGAAAAUUUGGCAUCUGUUCAGAGUGAGAAUUGGAAGAGACAUUUCAAAGUUUGUAAUCCUGGAUUUAGUCCAAAGAAUUUGGAAUAUGUUUGUAAAGUUGCAGCUCAAAGUUCAGAUUUACUUUUCAAUGAAUGGAAGAAGGUGAUUGAAAAGGAUGGAAAAGUUGUGUUACAAGUUACGGAUUAUUCAGAUUUGACUUUGGAUGUGCUUGGAAAGGCAGGAUUUGGAUUUGAUUUUGGUAUUUUCACUUCAGACGAAACUGGUAAGAAAUUUAGAGCUGCUUUGGAAUAUACCAUCACUUAUGGUAUUGCAGUGAGAGGUUUCAUAUUGCCAGCAUCCAAAUUCUUAUAUAACAUUGUUGCCAAUUAUACUGGAUUGACAGAUUAUUGUGAUUUCAUGGCCAAGAUUUUGAAUAAUGUAAUCGAAACUAGAAGAAAGGAAAUUAAAGAAAGAGAACAAGAUCCAAAUGCUAAUGAUAAACGUGGAGAUGUUCCUUGUGAUAUUUUGAGUUUGUUGGUGGAAGCAAACAUGACUGAGAAUGCAUUAUCAGAUGGAGAAUUGAUGAGUAAUUCUUUUAUUUUGGCGCUGGCCGGCCAUGAGACGACGUCAACUUUAUUACAAUGGGUUUCAUAUGAAAUUUCAAAGAGACCUGAAAUUUUGAAAAAGUUACAACAAGAAGUUGAUGAGAAGUUGCAAGGAAGAGAUCCAACCUAUGACGAUUUCCCAAAACUUGACUAUGUUAAUGGAGUAAUUAUGGAAAUUCUUCGUGUCCAUCCACCUGUGUCCACAGUUAUUAAGGUUGUAUCCAAGAAAUCUACCAAGAUUGGCAAGUUUGACAUUCCAAAGGGAACUAUUGUUCGUGCCUUUAUGGAACAUACUCAUUACAGAGAAGAUUAUUGGAAAGAUCCAUACACUUUCAAUCCUGACAGAUUUGGCGACUUUGAAAGUAGAGAAAAGAUUCAACACACCUUCAUGUGGCUUCCAUUCUCAAGUGGUAAUCGUAAAUGUAUUGGAUAUCGUUUCAGUUUAAUGGAAGGUUGUAUAAUCUUGGCCAAAUUGGUUCAACAUUAUGACUUUUCAUUAUUAAAUGAUGAAAAGGUUGAUCCUGUCACUACCAGAACUUUAUCUGUCAAUAGACCUUCUCCAAAUAUGAAAGUUGCCAUCACUCCUCGUGUUAAAUAA